UGAAGAUUCAGUGUUCGGUGCUGUAAUUUAUGUAUCUUCCAUGUUUCCUUUUGGUUUUCGAUUGUUUGAAGUUUGCAUUGUUCAUUUAAGUGCAUGGUCAACUUUGCAAAUCAAUAAAAAUUAA